AAUGCCGUUGGCUAGAGAUUUUCUCCAUCCGAGCCCCAUCGAGGAGAAGAGGAAACACAAACUGAAGAGGCUUGUACAAAAGCCCAACAGUUAUUUUAUGGACGUCAAAUGCCCGGGCUGCUAUGCUAUUAAAACUAUCUUUUCACAUGCCCAGAGGCCAGUAGAAUGUGAUGGAUGUCGUACGAUACUCUGCACACCGACAGGUGGAAAAGCCAGAUUAACUGAGGGAUGUUCUUUUAGAAGAAAGGUCCAGUGUUAAUUUUAUGCAAUAUGUAUUUGAUUGACUUCUCUUUAUAUUCGAUAAAUAAAACCAAUCACAUGUA